AUGCUUACAAGAUCGCAGGCCCGUGAGGCCAAAAGUCAGGCUCGCUCCUCGUCCUCUGCGUCAUCGGCCACAACAGUCGCCCGCCUCAAGGCCGCGGAAGCGGCUCGCAAACAACAUCUUGCCGAAAUUGCGAAGCGGGAGGCUGCAGCCGCGGCCGCUACUGCUGCAGCUGUCGCGGCGGCUGAGCGAGAGGCCGCAGACGCCACUUUUGAAGCGACUGUCGCGGCUAUUGAGGCAGAGGAAGUAGUCAGUGCCAGGAGCCGAGCCACAGCCGACUGGGUUGAGAGAACUGUUACAGGAGCAGCGUCAGUCACAGCUAGCGAGCCGCCCGAUGAGGUUUUGCCGUGUGGACACGGUGAGGUUGAUGUUUCCGUGCAUCCUGCCCCGGUUGCAGAGCAGGUGCACGACGCCUCACGACGUUCACCGGAAAUCACUCGCCAGCUGCACAAAGAGGCCCUGCAUUUGGAUUCGCGUCCCCAGCAAGGCAAUAUCGGUAAUGACAGCAAGGUCCCGAGCUUAUUCACGUUCUAG